UCGGUAAUUUCUGAUUUAAAUGACUAAGAUGUGUCAAUCAAUGUAGGGAGGCAUAUGUGGCGCAGUGUUAUUCUAUGGACUGCAUGAAGAUUAUUUUUGCGCAAGGGUGGCUCGACGUUUGGUUGGGAUGCAGAGCCGGACAAAGGCUUGGCGGGUGGCGGAAAGCAACUCAGAAGAAUCCUUCCUUUAGGCAGACACGGAGGCGGAUAUACGGAAUUACAGAGUGGAGAGGCCAGUUGUGGGUUAUGAAGCGGUGUUGAUUGAGGUGUCACAUAAAUGGGCAGAAUCGAGACAGGCAAUACAACAUACGGUGUAUGCUAUAAUGUUUCUGUUUCAUGAUUCUCGUCUCUGAAAAUGCUUCGGUGUAGAUAGGCUAUAGUUUGGCUAGAGGGGGGUUGUUCUACUCAACUAGCAACAUCACCACACAAAACCGCAACUAGAAACUCUGUACAUCUACAGAAGGUGCCACUUGAAUUCCCAUGGUAUACGGCCUGUAAGCUGGAGGAGUGUUCUCGUUCAAUGCGACCGUACGAAACUCUCAUUGUGGGAUAUAGAUACCUAAGACGCCCUUCGCAACAAUCGACACAUCACACGUCCUUGAAUCAAAGCGAGACGAGGCAUACGUCGGAACACCCGUCGCCUCCGGGACGAAGCGAUGUUGACUUUCUUGGCGCCAUCAUGGAUAUCUCCUCGUCCGAAGAGAGAAAAUUAAACAAAGGAGGAAAGUUGUACACCGUAACUCCCAGUCAAAUCUGGCAGAUCGAUGGAAGAGACGCCACGACGCCACAGGAAACAUCUCCACAUGCUUCAACCCUCUCUUCCUCGGCCGGUGUCGAUCUCCGUAGACCGUACUCCGACUGAGUACAGUGUGCGGAGUACUCCGUACAUCGUACUGCACAUCGUCACCACGGAGCAGCGCUUCACCGCGGCUAUCGGUGGCUGUACACCGCAAGUCAUUCAUCAUCAUUGAUAUGUAAUAACUAACACUCUGUCGUGCAGCCAAGCAACGCAGUCUAACCCGACGACCCCACCUUCAGCGUCUGUCGUGGCAUGGCUGGCAUGCAAAACCUUCCGACGAUCACACAUCCAUGAAACCCCGCAGCGCAUUUGACGGCGUCAGGGCUGCAUAAGCAUGGAAUGGAGUUCACGGACGCGGGCUUGACCACGGACCGGUCGGACGAAUGCACGGUGAUUUCAUGCCGACUGUUGAUCGGCGACAGUGCAGAAUUGGCCAACCAGGGGUGUUGAAGGGGAGGGGGCAUGAACUGUGGACGGUGACAGCUGGCAGGAUGGAAAGAAGCGGGAAGAUGAGAAAUCGAUAUUCAAUAAUGAUUCAACCUGCGACAGGCCGGAGCGCUAG